AUGGGAAGCGGGAAACCAGAAAAACACUCAAAGACGACGAAGAAGGAGUUCUCUCUCAAAAACCCUAGUAAAAAUAUCAACUUCAAGAAGAAAAAGGGUAUCAACAAGAAGACUGACCAAUCCAAAGACAGAGAAAACCAGAACAAGAGCGAGGAGGCUUCAUCUUCAGCUUCCCAGCAGCUUAGAUUUUUCAUAAACGAGUUUCAAUCUGCCAAUGCGGUUCAGCUUUCAUCCCUUGAGCUCGAAUCAAUUAAGGAGACCUGCUUUGUUGAGUUAUCUCAAGAAUUGGGUCAAGAUGUUAUGGCCUUGGGGAAACUCACGAAGGCAGCUUUUGGCCCAUCUUGGAAACAAGUUCUUUGUGAAGGGCAGUUGGUGGGAGGCAGAAUUGAUCCAGGGAGUCCUGCUGUUCUCAUUCUUACUACAUCUGCCUUGAGAUCUAUCGAACUUCUAAGGGGUGUGCGCUCAUUGACGAAAGAAUGUCAUGCUGCGAAGUUAUUCUCCAAGCAUAUGAAGGUCGAGGAACAGUUGGGAAACGAUGAUAGUUACAACAGAUUAUUGAAGGAGCUAUCGAUGCUGAAUAAAUCUUUUGCACGUCAGUCUGAUCCUGAAUUCACACUGAUUAUGAGUAGUUUUGUACUUUCUUAUGUUCAUUGGGAUUUCUACUCGUGUUUUGGUUCCAAUGUCCUUUCAAUGACCUCCAAUGAGUCCUUGAUGUCUAUUGUAGCCAUGUUGAAGAACCGUGUAAAUUUUGCCAGUGGCACACCAAGCAGGAUAAAGAAGUUGAUUGACAUUGAGGCAUUGGGGCUUUCACGGUUAACAAUGAUUGUACUUGACAUGCAUACAGAUGUUAAGGGUUAUUCAUUGUUAACCCUUCCUCAAGUCAGAGACGAGUUCUGGGACUUGUAUAAGGGAUACUUCCAUCAACGACUGUUGCAAGGCGAUCUACGUAUCUGCCUAUUUGGUCCUAUACAAAACGCAAAUGUUAAGGAGUUCAAGGGUAAAAAGAAGAGAGUUCCUGAUGAACAAGCCGUCAUUGAUGACCCUAAUAUUGUGAUGCCGGCCGGCUCGUGGGAUCUAAUGGCAUUCUUCGAAGACUACGCACUUCGAUCAGUCAACUUUGACCAAAUGGGUAAGGUGUGA